CUUUUCAUGUGAAACUAAUCGAUGGCAGGAAGAGAAGUUCGAGAAUACACAAAUCUCACCGACCCCAAAGAUAAGAAAUGGGGAAAAGGAAAGGAUAAGAUCGAUGAUGAAGACGUCACUUUCCAGCGUAUGGUGGCCAAGAUUGUUGGUGGAGAAAUUGAAGAUCUAAAGGUUCGUGGACCGGAACCCUCGAGGGAUAUGGCUUCUCCUACGGGGUGUUUGAUGCAAGCAGAUGCAGGAGGUUGCGGGAGAACGGGGAGGUUACCUUCACGGGCGAGGCGCUUUGGACAGUGAUGACUUGCUCUAUCUCAAGGAACAGAUGGAAGCUGAGGAGGAUGCUGAGCGCCUUCUAAGGCACACUGAGAAACGGGCAUUUGCUGCAUUUAAGAAAGCAGCAACUUUAGCAGAUUCUACGCCUGCAUCAUUGCCUUUGCCCCUACGUAUUGAGCCGAAGACGAAGAGUGGGAUCAGGCAGCAAGAUCUCCUGAAGAACAUAGUAGAGAUCAGACCAAAGCGGCAACGAACUUCAAGCCCAUCUGAUGUCAAUCAAUCAAGCAGCCCAAUAUUCGCUACUCGUGCUUCACCGAAUGGGAAAACCGAGCCAACUUCAGAUAAAGAGAUCUCCACUUCAAGGCCAAUCAAAGGAGGAGAAGCUGAGAGGUCCGAGACUAAACCAGAGAGUGCUGUUAGAAGUAUACUAGGCCUAGCUUAUGAAAGCUCUGAUGAAGAUUGAUUUAAGAAACGAAAAAGGGUAUCCCCUGAACAUUGUAUCUCCUGUCUUCAGAGAUAUAUAUUUUGUUCUUCUUGUGGUCCUUAUAAAUUACGAGAUACCGAUUUUAAGUUCAGAUAAAUCACAUGGAUCUCAUCACCGUUUGGUAUAGCAUUGUUAGGGUAACAUAUACUAUUUUGUUGGUUUUCUGAGACUAACAUGAAACUAAAAUCAAAUGAACUAGUUUCGUCCCUUGAA